AUGUCGUAUAUCUAUAUUGCGACGCUUCUCGCGUUCUUUGCAGUUAUUGCAAUGCUCCGCAAGAGGGGCCCAAAAUCUCCGUCACUAGUCCCGAUCUCGGUCAACUACCACCUGACCAGGAAAUGCAAUUAUGAGUGUGGUUUCUGCUUUAACACUGCGAAGACGUCGUACAUCCUCCCGCUCGACGAUGCCAAGAAAGGCUUGGCCUUGCUACAGCAGGCUGGGAUGAAGAAACUGAACUUUGCUGGCGGGGAGCCGAUGUUGUACCCGAAAUUUGUCGGGGAGUUGGCGAGGUACUGCAAGACCGACAUAGGGCUCGAAUCGGUGUCCAUUGUAACGAAUGGAAGCCUAGUGAAGCCGCAGUUCCUCGAGACCUACGGAGGAUUCAUUGAUAUCAUCGCGGUCUCGUGCGACUCCUUUGACAAGGCAACAAAUAUCAAGAUCGGGCGUGGCAAGGGUUCCCACCUAGAGAAUUUCAAACGGCUUCGCGUACUCUGUCAGCAGUAUGGGAUCAAGUUCAAAGUCAACACCGUCGUUAACAAGUACAACGUUGCGGAAGACAUGCGCACAGCAAUCGAGGCGAUUGCACCCUUCCGGUGGAAAUGUUUCCAAGUCCUCGUGGUCAAGGGCGAAAACGAUUCGGAUGCCAUGCUUCGCAAUGCAACUCGGUUCGUCAUCUCGGACGAGGAGUUUCAGCAGUUCUGUAAUGAGCAUUCAACUUGCAGUGGCUUUGUCGCAGAACCGAACAACGUCAUGAAAGACUCCUACCUUAUUCUGGAUGAGUAUAUGAGGUUUCUUGACAAGGGAAACGACCCCUCAUCGUCAAUACUUGAGGUUGGGGUCGAGAAGGCGCUCCAAAGUGUCUUUUGGGAUGAGGAGAGCUUCAAAUAUCGAGGUGGGAUAUAUGACUGGACCAAAAAGGCGCCACAGGGGACUAGUGCGAACUUGCUGGACUGGUGA